ACCUAAUUAACCUAUUCAAAACUCCAUAAAAGAGACAACACCCUUUGAUCCUCAUCCAUUGUUUUUCUUAUCCAGACUCUCUUUGCUAUUCAAGAGAAACCCUAAAAUGGAUUGGAAUACUGAUACCACAGUACCCUUUGUUCCUCCUCCAGGUUCUUCUUUAAGCUUCUUCUACAACUAUAACAACUACAAUUAUUCUGGAAUUGAAGCGAGUGAAGCGGCAUUGGGUGAGACUCAACAAAGGUUGCUUCCUGUAAUUGAUGAUGAAACGAACAAGAUUAAUAAUGGAAAAGAUUACCGAGAGAAGAAGAAGACCAAGAACAAGAAGAAUAAAUUAACAAGUAACCAAGUUGAUGCAUUGGAGAGGAGUUUUCAUGAAGAAAUAAAAUUAGACCCUGAAAGAAAGAUGAAGCUUUCUGCUGAGUUAGGGCUUCAACCUCGCCAAGUCGCUGUCUGGUUCCAAAAUAGGCGUACUAGGUGGAAGACUAAGCAGCUUGAACACUCCUAUGAUGUGCUGAAACAAGAAAAUCAGAAACUUCAAGAAGAGGUUAUGGUGUUGAAGGAAAAGCUAAAAGAGAAAUCUGAUUGCAGGACACAAACAUUUGGCGAUGAAACAGUAGAAAGUCCAUUAGAAGGGUUGGGAUGGAGAGAGAUUGAAGGGUAUAAACCAUAUCCAAAUUCCCACAAUCAACAAGGAUCAACAAGUAGCAUUCAACAAGCUGCAGAGGGAUACAUCAACAGUUCUUUCAUUGUUGAAGAUUUUGACUCAGUUUCAUUGCAUCAGGAAUGUCACUGGCCUGAGUUACCUUAUUAUCCAUGAUCUACUAUAGAUGUUCAUGUUUGAAUGAAUUAAAGUACUCUUUAUGAGUGCUAACUCAUUUAAUUUUAGUGUACUAGUAGUUAGGUAUUAGUCGUUUGAAGACUGACAUUAAUUAGAAUCUAUUGAAAGUACUCUUUAUGGAAAGUUGAAAAGCUUUUUAUGGUU